AUGUCAAAGCGCGCGGCAUGUUCUAGUGAUGAUGAGUGUUCGUCGAACUUGAAGCGCGCGCGAAGUGCUAAUGACGGGAAUUUGCGGACGGCGCCAUCGCCAUUGGCAGAUCAAGGCGCAUGGUGCAUUCUUGAACAGUUCCUCACUACCGACAUGACAUAUCCUCAGAUGGAUGAGGCAUUUUCUUCAUACCUCGGCGAUCGAUACAUUGCAGACGACUGGAAGGAUGCUAGAAACGCGUUGUUCUCUGGCGACGGCGACGACAGCAUUGCCUUAGCAAACCUUUACGCCUUGAAGGCCAGACACAUGCCUCUGCCCUCGUCUUCAUCGAGGAUGAACGGCCACCUCUCAAGUACUCCCGUUCAACGAUCGCGUCAACGUCCUAAAUCGAGGAUAGGCUCCAGCACUCGUAUCAAACAAUCGUGUAAACCACUCAGAUCGAAUCCGUACAUCAUCACCGAAGCAGACGAGAAAGAAGAGGAUGAAGAGGGUGAAGAGGAUGAAGAGGAUGAAGAGGGUGAAGAGGAUGAAGAAGGCCCUUCUGUGCGGUUGCCGACAGCCACACACCUUUCUGGCCCAUCAGCCAAGGAUAGGUUGGCAGCAGCAUUCGAUAACAUUUACGAUAGGAUCCAAGAGAACCCGCCUUCUUCAUCAGAAGGGCGCCAUGCUCGCCAUCGCAAGGCCGCCUCGUUCCCCCGGGCGAUUGAAGGCAGAAUGUACCUUCUCCAUAUUCAGAGAAAUGGCGCAGAUUACAUCGCCGAACACCUUCGGAGUCAAGGAUUUCUCGUUACUGUGUCCGGUUGGGUAGCAGGCCAGUUGUAUGUUGUCGCAGACAGCCCCAGAACCAUCGCAGCAUCACUCCCGCCCUCACAUAGUUUCGCCGUUAAACAAUACGUUCGAAUCUCAGAAGAAGAACGUCAAGCGAUUGAACACUCACACUCCAAACUUCCUAACCCAGGGUGGGUGAGGAUCAAAUACGGCAAGUACAAGGGCGACAUAGGCUACGUUUUCGAUUCCGAUCAACCUAAUGGUCUCGUCUCCAUCUUAAUCGCUCUCCGGGACUUUCCCUAUCCCAUGCCUGGUGGAUCUGUGGCUCUACUCGACCGAUGCCUCCUCCCUAAUGACCAGGCCGUUCGCGAUAUUCUCCGUGAUGGGAAAGUUGUGGGAUGCUCUUAUAGAGGCGAACAAUACUACAUGGGACUCUUGGUGAAAAAAUUUCACCGUGAUCGCUUAGAAAUUGUUGCCUCUCCUCAUGCUGAUGACAUCAAACUGCACAUGCAGUCUGCGUGGGACACACCCUUCGUCAGGAAAACACUGUUCGCGUUUUCGAUGCAAUUCUUGCGCACAGGCGAUUUGGUCAGGAUUAUUGCAGGAGAAAUUCGCUCAAAGAUCGGUACAGUCGUUUCGACGGAUCACGCUUCUGGCUCCGUGCGCUUGGAAAUAACCUUCGAUAGACAUCGAAGAGAAAUUGACGUUCGACUGGAGGAUCUAGAGCGUAUUUUUCAUGUUGGCGACGAAAUUCGAGUCGUUGCAGGUCCAUACUUGGGUCUGGAGGGCCACAUCAUUCAAAUAAGCGAUGAUAUGUUCCACAUUUGUCAGGCAGUCUCCAAAGAAGAGGUGCUUGUUUCGAGAUACUACUUAGAUCGUCGCCCCUUGCAUCACGUCUUUCACCCGCAGCUAUCCAUGCAGCAGCGCUUCGAGCCUCCCCCUCAGUCCGAAUCUAUACAAGUAGGAGAUCACAUAGAAGUGCUUGCGGGCGAGCACUGGAAGAAAUGCGGCAUCGUGGAGUGGUUCCCCACCGGGAGCGCAAUGCUAUGGUUCCGGGAUACAGACCCUAUGUUAGCUGGGGACGAUGUGGGUACUAGUGUCGGACCGUCAAGAAUUCGAGUUCCUGUAGCAGUCGUUCAGCGGACCAAACUCCCCGAUACCCUCAAAUACACACAGGAAAGGGGCUACGAUGUGAGGCCUGGAGAUGUCGUGAGUGUUGCUCGUGGAUCGGAGUAUCAGAGGAAAGGAAUUGUACAAAACGUCGACUUUCCAAACGCUUGCUUGACCUUUCUAUCUGAUAGUGAUCACUCCCUCAUCAACGUCCCUAUCAGAUUCGUGAUAAAGGUAUGCAACGCGAAGUUGGAUUCAUUCGAUAAUAUCAUUGGCCAAGAAGUUUUCAUUGUUGGGGGCGAUCGGAAGGGCUACCGAGCCACGCUAUACAGCAUCGCUUCCAACACUUGCACAGUCGCUGUGCAUGGGCAGGCGCGUAUGACUCUCACACGUGAUGAUGUCGUCACUAGUUAUGGGAUGAGAAUGAAUGGGGCGAUACUGGAAGGACCAGAUUUGGUUUCCUUCUGUAAAAUCCGGAAAAGCUCGUACAUAACAACAAUGCAGCCGCGAAGCAUUACCCCCCCACCUGUCCAGCUUCCAGCCAGUUCUUCCACCAGCGUAGUUAGUAGCCUGUCGUCGUGGGCUUCCUGGACCGCCGACCCAGAGAAUCCUGCGCAUCAUGAAUCGUCGAGCAUCACACCCAGCUCGUCGACACUUGACCCCUGGACUGUCGAUCCCCAGGACGCCCAAGAUGAUAUUGACACCAGAGCAGACAAACUCACAGACAGUGGCCCUCUACCCUGGUUAAUGGGCAAGGAGUAUUCCUCGAUGCUCCUUCUGCAUCACGCAGUGUUGAAAGUCGCAGUAGGUUUCAUGGGAGGGAGGUUACACAAACGAUUUGUGUUCACGGCUUGUCCUGACCCCUUCUGCGGUGCGAACGGACCCGCACCUGAAGAUUGUAUCGCUGUAUUCUGCACAUCCAGUAAUGCAGGGGCUGCACUUCAACACUACCACAUUCCCGCCAAGGAUCUGAGCCCAGCUCCUCCCCGCAGAAAAAACCAACAGGUCCUUGUUCUGGAAGGGGAUUCUCGCGGACAUAUAUUUACUGUCACGAAAUGUAAUGUGAAGAAGAAUAGCGCCGAGGUUGCUAUUUCGCCUACAAGUAGUAUUACCCUGCGUUUUGAUCAGAUAUGUCUUAAUACGUCCUCCCACAAGCGCCCUCAUUCGAUUCCUCCAGUCCCGAAUCUCUCACAUACUAUCCCCGACCAAGAACUCUGGGCAGAGGCCAGGAGACGAGGUACCUUGUGGUAUUUGAGCAAGGCCGGGUACGUGGACACCACUGGGCAUAUGACGCUCGAGGUUGUCGGCGCGGUAGUACUCCUCCAACCAUCUGUACCUGUACAUUAUCACCCUAUCCCCGAGCUCGGAUACUUCUUCGCGUGUACAAUGUUCGCUGGUGCCUAG